ACAAGCUGAAGAUAUGGCUAAUUCAAAAUAUUCUACAGAACAAAUGCACAAUUAUUCUUGUUUAGUUUCAACAUUUUCCGUAAAAUAUUAAAAAAACUCUUUAUCAAAUAAAAAAUUUACAAGAAACAAAAUACAAAUUUCAUUCAAUUUUUUUUAUCGUAAUUUAACUUCUUCAAUAUAAUAAUGUUUCAGGCAUGCACAUUAGCACAGAAGUAUUCUCUGCAAGUAUCACCAGUAGAGGAGUCUUUACUUGAAAUGUUACAUCCAGAUAGCGGCAUUGAUACACAUUGGGUGGAGAGCGUAUCGGCGCUAGUGAGCGAGAUGUCGUCCAGCGCCCGCAGCGCUGCCGCCGCAGCAGGGGAACGGCGCUCCGCAGCGGCUGCAGCGCUGCGCUCGGCGGCCGCGGCGCUGCGCAGCGCUGCAGCCGCUAGACCCGCGCUGCUGCACGAGCUGCGCGCGCCGCUACACAACAGCGCUGAGGGUGACAACGCAGCGAGCGAGUUUCUCGAACGUUGGCAAGCGGCCACCGAUGCACUAGACACGAUCAGCACCGAACCCGCGACCCACACGGACGUGUUGGCGGUCGCGCGCUGUGCACAGGCACUCACCACUGAGCUGCCCGACCUCAUGAAUUUGUUGUUCGAACUUCCCAACAAUUUAUCGGAGGGCGGUAACAAGAAAUUGACCCGUCAGACCGCACUCGGCGCCGCAGUGAGACCUUCUAACAGACACGGCGAGCGUCGCAGCUCAGUGGGCGCGGGUGUGUGGCGGCGCGUGCGCUUGCGGCUGGAGGGGCGGGACCUGCCCGCUGCAGCUGCGCCUGCCAACCAGCCCGCCGCGCUCACUGUGCACCUCAACACACGCCGGGCUGCACCACACGAACAGGUGGAAUACAUAAUAUCGGAAGCGACGAGCGUCGAAAACCUGUGCAUGAUGUACGAAGGUUGGAUGGCCUGGGUGUGAACGCGUCAUGGCGCGACCCGACGCGACAACACGCAACAACACGCGGCACCACGCGACACGACGCGGCACGACGCGCCCGAGCUGCGCCUGCGCCCCCCGGCCCGCGCGCUCUCGGGCCCCACGACGGGACCCGCCGGACCCCACGGACCCCACGCGGCACGCGGGGCUCCCAGCGACCCCAUAGGGGCCGCGACACGACUCGGUUGUACGGCUUAGUGUACUCUGUAGGGCUCAUUGAGCUCAUUUUCUGUGGCCCGAUAUUUCAUUGUUCAUUCUACGCCCCGGCUCGAUAGUGGUUCAAAACGAUCAAAUUCGGCAAAUUCAGUAAACAUAGUCGCAUUUAUUUUAUCCAUUAGACUAAAAGUAGUUUUCCGGUUAAGAUGGCGGUGAAUGUCUGUCGACGUUAAAAUUUCAUUCUUUUACUUUUAUUUAGGCUUAGAUCUUUAGGAAUAUCGAACGUUCAUCGACUAUUCAGUGGCUUGUUACGAAUCACAUCUUUCGAUAAUUAUUCUCCGGACUUCCAUAUCUUUACAAAUCUUUAAAAAUAAAUACUUUUAUUCCGUCUUGAAAUCAACAGAUUUUAUUUUACAAUCAUUUUAACUCAGAAAGUGAGCUCCCACAUGCGAUAUAUUUGCGCUCUUGUUGAAUGUUACUUCAUAUCUUCUUAGUGUAUAGUGUGUUUGUGACGGGAACUCGCAUUUUGUCGUAAAAAAUACCCUAUACAAUAUAUAUGCUUAUUUUUUUUAUCUCAUACAUAAAUUUGGAAAUUUAAAUCAUAACAAUUGCUAUCUUUUUGUAUGUAUCUUAUAUAAAAAUAUAUUAAAUGUUCAUCUAAAUUAUUCGAAAUUGCAAAUAGUAUUUUCAACGGGUAUUUGUUGCGACGACCGAGUUCCCAGUGUAUGUUUGUAUCGCUUCAUUACUAUAUUAAUAUAAUAAAUGGUGUAUGUCUAAA